UAUACCAUAAAAUUAAAUAAUUGAUUAUCUCCAUGACAAUGAGAAUAUGUUGAAAAAUCGAAUUUCUAAUGCAAGACAUAAAAAUGUAACCACAUGCGUAAUGUCGAAAAUAUUUCCGGCUAGACUUAAAGGCACAGUGCGAUAAAAUAUGCGAUUAUUAAUCUAACUGCAAUAUUACCUAUUAUAUAUAUUAUAAGUUAAGCAAUAAAGGCUUUCAUCGUCAGUACCUACAUGCAUAUAUUUAAUCUAUGUAUAUACUCAUGCACAUAGGAUAUCAAUUGAAUAAUAAAAAGAAUAAAUUUGCCUAAAACAUAUGAGUUCGCGUCAUGUUUUGGAACAACAUUCGGUUUGUCAAAUUUUGACAGGAAAAAAAAGGGUCAGAGAAUUAAGUUUCCUACAUCAAGAACCAAUUACAAAUAUUGAGUACGCGCGGCUAAAACGUACUGUAUAUAAACACAACUAUGUUUGAGGAGCAAAGGCGAACAUUUCAACUACGAUACUUCAACCGAUUCAAUUAUUCUCGUCAAGAUAGGCUUAAGAAAUUUUUAAUAAAUCUUCAGAAUUCAUAGUGUCCAACAAAUUACGUCAUCCAAUAACUUGCAGAAGACAUUGAAAUAGCACAAAUUAAAACGGGGAGUCCUUCUUCAAACGUUCAAUUACAUGCGAUGCUGCUGAUUAGUGCUCUGGCCUUGGGACUGGUAGAAACAACUAAUCUCAAUACCGGAAUAGCCAUUAGUGGUAGUGCAAUUAAUUCCGUUAGUGUUGCUGCUGUUCACAUACCACCAACCACAAUCAAUAGUAUCGCAGCUGGUCAUGUUAAUACUGUGAUUCAUGCUGGUGUUGCAAAUGCUAUCAGCACUUCUCUUCUUGAAUCGACUACUAUGACUGCAGUGGCAGGCGGUACAGACGCUGGAGGCGGUAGUGGCGGUGGUGGUGGCACGAGUGCAAAUAAUGGCGCCACAUCGUCAUCGUGGGACAAUAACGCUACAAUACGUUCGGCCAAUCCCGGUGACUGGUCGAUUGAACAAUGCGUAACAUGGCAACGUCCUCACCACUUAUAUUUUCAACUAGGGAACGCAUUUCUUUUACUAGCAUUUUUGGCUCCCCACGGCUCUUACGGAACGCUUUGGCUACGUGCCAUGUUAACUGUGGGCUCUAUUUUAUUGGGCAUGUAUGGUUAUAUGAUUGAUUGCGCCCAAGAUUUCGUUCUAUGGUCGGGAUUAUUUUUUGGAGUUAAUUUCAUCUAUUUCAUAGUAAUACUAUGUCAACUGCGUCCGGUCCGUUUCGACCGAGAAAUCGAAGCGGUUUAUGCAUCUCUGUUCAAACCAUUGCGUGUAUCGCGACACCAAUUUAAGAAAGUCUUAAACUGCAUGAAAGUCAUACGUGCCCUUAAAUAUCAAGAGGUUUAUGCACAAGAAAAAGUUACCAAAGUUGACAGUCUGUCGUUGGUUCUGUCAGGAAAAUUGGUUGUCUCACAAAAUCAACGAGCGUUACAUAUUGUAUUUCCCCAUCAGUUCCUAGAUUCUCCAGAAUGGUUUGGUGUAUCCACAGAUGACUAUUUUCAGGUGUCAAUUAUGGCCAUGGAAGAGUCAAGGGUAUUAAUUUGGCAUAGAGAUAAGCUAAAAUUAUCCAUUAUGGCGGAACCGUUUCUGCAAACAGUAUUCGAUCACAUAUUAGGCAGAGAUGUUGUCAAGAAAUUAAUGCAAGUGACUCAGGUUAGUGAAUCAAUUGCCAGCAACGGUUUUUUGCCGUCAGGCGGUUACGAUGAUGCGGAAGACAAACCAAUGCUUAUAAUGAAAAAGAGCAUCGAAGGACACAGUCUGACAGCUUUAAUAAAUAGGCAGCUUCAAGAAGAGCAUGUCCCCUUAUUAUUGGGUCGUACAUACACUACUAAACAUUUCCAGUUGAUAAAGCCUAUGGCUGGGUUAACGAUCGAUGGCUUGUCAAGCAAUGCUAAAGCUAAGUCUAAUAACCAAAGCAGCGCAAUAGUUGGGCGUUGUCGUCAAGCGAAUCAAAUUAUUGAGGACAACAGUACCGAUGCUAAUGAGCUAACUUCGCCAUGCUAAAUAAAUGAGAAAAGAAACUAAAGAAACUAAAUUAUUAAAACUCAUAACUGUCUUAUUUUUAAUGUAAAUAGAA